UCCACGAGUCUCUUUACCGACCGUUCAAAACUAAAUCAGAAUCAUUUGUUCUUCACAAACAAAGCCGUGUCACACAUGCAUUUUAUCUGGCUAUAAGUAGCUCAUAGAUUUGGAACAUCAUUUCUACAACUUCUUUCACAAAAUCUUCCCAUCUGUUCAUCCUCAGAGGAUUGUUUGCUUAGAAAGGAGAGCCCUCCCUAGGCUGGAAAAAGAAAGAAGAGAAGCGAUCAACAAGUAUGUCUUUGUUCCUAGAUACCUUGAAUCAAUAUUUACAACUAGGGAUAGGAAUUUUUUCUGACCAUCUUACUAUAAAAACCAACUAUGGAGCAAUUUUUGUGGCUGGAAUGCCUAUCAUUAUCUGUGUUGUCAUCUGCUAUGCAUGGGCAUACAAAAAUGGAGCAUGGGAAAGAAAAGGAAAGGGUCGUCCUGCUUAUAUGAGGUCCAUGUCCAUUGGACUUCUCCAUGGAGGCCACCUGGCCCUACAGAGACUGGUUGACUAUCAUGAGGCUCAGGCAGAGCUAGAUAAGACUGAGAAAAAAUUGGAGAAAUUACUUGCUGACCAUCACCUUCAUUUUAGGCAGCUGGAGAGUACGGUGGCAAAGCUGGAAAUGAGCAGAAAAGAAGCUGCAGCUGUAAAAGCACUUAAAUCAGCAAUGGAAAAAGCCCAGAGGGAAGGAAAAGCACAUGAAGAAUAUGAAAUUGGAAUGUUGCUGGUGGAAAUGUUAAUCUACAAGGGUGAUUGGAACGAGGCUUUAAGUUAUAAAUGCUUGAAGGACGAAAAGAUCUCUGAUGCUCGACGUCCACUGUACAAGGCCAUCAUUUACAUCUUAUCAGAGGACUGCGAAGAGGCCGAAAGUUGUUGGGAAGAGUUUAACAUGAUUCGAGAAAAUUUCCUGUUGUGUCCGAAUUCGGAAAGCUUGCAACAAUAUGAGGCCAUUAAUGAUUUCAGUGAAUUUGAGAAGUUAGUGAAGUUGCUUAUCUCAUAAAAAAUAAGAAGGACGAGAUAAUUAAGGAUCUUAAAUGCAGUUGCACCCAGCAAUCAGUAAUGAGCAUUCCACCUUUAAGUUUUAGUGAUUCUGGAGUUCAAUUUCUAUGUAUGGUCUAAUAAGAGUUAAUUGACCUGUAAUUUGUGUAGGCCCUUUUCUAAACUCUAAAGCAUAUUUUGGCCUCAUCUAAGAAUGAUUUUGAUUGA